AUGUAACAGGAAAGCAUAUACAAUUUAAUACCCAAAGAGUAUGUUCCUCCCCCCAAGGAACCCAUGUAUAGAUCUGCCUAUCCUUCAAAUCUUGUUCCCACUGCCAGCACUUUCAAUAAUCACACUACAAGCAGGCCUAAAAUUAACAAUAUCAAUGGAGAUUAUGAAUUGGUCAAGGGUCCUCAUUCUCACAAAGGACAAUCCAACUCUCUAGGUAGGCCCAGAGGUUCAUAUAAACCUGAUACAACUAUGUUCAGAUUAAAGAACACUGGAACCAUGGGAUCAAAUCAAUUACCUGAAAUUCAAUCAUACAAAUAUCCGCCAUCAAUUAAACCAUAAGUCCCAAAAAAGGAUGAGAAACCAAUACAUGGUCUGAAAUCUAAUAAAAACUAUAUAAUAACCAAUGCUGUCGAUAACAUCUUGUCAGCACCCAAAUAAAUUGUUGAGGAUGCUGCCUGGACAUCGAAAAAAGAUUAUGGAAAAGUUCCAGAUUAUUUAACCAAAAUUAAACAAAGCAUAGCAAGCGAAUACGAAAUCAUUAGAAACAUGCACAUAAGUGAGGCAGAAGAAAUGGACAAACAAAAAUAUCUUUUAUCAUAGGAAGAAGUAUAAUAGUUAAAGGAAGGACUCAAAAAAAAAUGGGAGGCAGUCAAUAAAGAAUAUUAAUCAAUUACUCAUAUUAGAAUGAUUGAUACAGUUGGUUUGAAAAGAAAGAAAGAGUAAUGCGAAAAAGAAUUAGCCUAAUUAGAAAAGGAUAUUGAAAAACUAAACAAGAACUAUGUAUUUGUUGAUACAUAAAAAUGAUUCCAUUUAAAUUAUCAAUAAAUAAUCUUAAUAUAUUAUAUUUUCCAAA